AAAGCACUAAUGGAAUUUCAUGAUACUUCAAAAACCACCCUUUCUUGCAAGUACGUAAACAUGUAGAAAUAACGCUUAACAUAUAUUCAAACACUCUGUUUUAUAAGACAUGGAAGGACACUAAAUUGGUCAAAUGCAAACUUAUCGACACCUAAUUGAUGUCGUAAAUUUGAAGCCUUAGAAAGAUAAAAAAAAAAACCAAAUCGAGCUACAGGAACAUCCGAAAGAUAUUUGCAUGAAAAAGGAAAAUUUUUCUAUUUCAUGCUUUUCCUAUGAAAUUUGAGACAAUGCAAUGAGAACUAAAUGCUGAUCAUGUUCUUGUUUCGCCGUUCCUCGGUUAACACAAAUAAGACCUCCUCCUAUUCUAAUAGCUACUUUUGCUAUACAUUGCAGCUUAGAUUUUUUAAUUCAAUGAUUGAAGAUAAAUUUGAAAAAUUAAGAAAGAAAAUACUUGCUGGGAACUUACCUUCCAAAUGCUAGAAGAAGUGAAGUUGCAUAUUGAUCGCGAUGAUGAGUUUUUAAAAACUCUAAAAGGUAUACGGAAAAGAUUGCGAAAUCAAUAUUUAAAUCCUCAAAGCCUAGAAGAAUUCAUUCAUGCAUUGGCGCAUGUCCGAGCUAUGAAACGACUAAACUCGUUUUGUUCUAACUUUGGAGGAGAAUAUACAUCACCAAGUGAUCAAAUAAUCCAACCAGUGCAGGUAGCAUCAUAUCCAUCUGCAAAUUAUACAGAUGCUUCUCAUUCAAUGGAAUCUUCGUCUAUUCAUGGGAACAUGUUGGACUUAAUAAAUGACUAUGCCGAAUAUUCCACUCAGUCAAUAGUUAUGAGAACCAGAGACUCGAAUGUCGCGACUUCAAACGAAACAAAUACAACGGAUAUGAAAAAAACAAGUAUUCUAGACUGUCCAGAUGAGAUCCUUCUGUUAAUAUUUAUAAAGUGUUUCGAUUCUACAUACAAAGAAAAAUUCCCUUUUGCUUUUACCUAUCGCAGGGAAAAACACGCACUUAUUGAUGAUUUGCCUUAUACUUGUACUCGCUUUCGCAAGAUCCUAAAUCCUAAAAAUGAUGGGUUUUGGAAACGAGUCUUAGAUUUACACAAACGUUAUGUGAUUCCGUCAACUCAGGAUACUUGCUCUGAAGAUAUAUCCCCUCCUAAUGUUCAAAUACCAAAUGUUCUUCCUGUUAUGCUAGAUCCAAGUAUUCAAACGCUAUCAAACAAACGAACUUCAUUCAACAUGGCUUCGUCCUUCUUACCAAAUCAUACACGAAAUACCCUUUCUAGGGAAACUCACAGUAAAGAUACCUUUUACAUUGAGUUUGCUCGCAAUGUUGUUGGUCGUUGUACUGUGUGCGGAUUGCUUCCUAAAUAUACGAGAAAUCAGGAAUGCAUAAGGUCAUUCUACAGAGGAUCUAUUGCUACGAAUGUUUGUGAUCAGUGCUUAGAGGCAAUCAUAGACUUUUACGAACCAGUAAGUCGAUAUAAAUUUCAUGUCAUGAUAUAUCAAAUUGGUGUUGGUUAUAUUACUAGACCUGGCCAACGAUACCCUUCUUGGCUUUCUGAACAUGUUCAGUUUGCCAGAGACGAAGAGAGAGCAUAUAAAUAUAUUUCUUCUUCGCAGAUCGAAUUCGCAACCAGGCUAUAUGAACUAUUUCGCUCUCAACAUUCUUGCUAAUACUAAAGUAGAGAUGCUAAAGACAGAACUGUUCCAUUAACAGAAUCAUGUUCCUCAAGACCAUACUUAUUUUAAUGAACGAAUAAUAAAAUAAAAUUACUAUGAGAAAUGACCAAAACCCUUUUGUCAAUAUUAAUACAAGUACCGUAACCAACGAUGAAGCUUGAGAUAUAAUAAUAUCCUGCAUAGGUGAAUCGGAAAAGGAAAAACGAGGUAAAAGGGUACGGCAAGUAAGAAAGUCUACCGAUCAUGAGCUUUAUACCCGACUAAUAGAGCCUUUUUCUUAAGAAGGCAAACGUUGAAAAAGGAUAUAACUUCGUCCCUUAAAAAAGUUUCGCAAUGACCAUAUUAUUCAAAGCAACAAAUUAUAUAAGUUAGUAGGUUGCGAAUAGCAUAAAAAUCAAGGCCCUUCUAAAAAAGUGUUUGGGCAAAAGAUGGGACUUAUCAAUUGGAUGGCAUAAAUAGUAAAAACAUUCAAGAAAAGGA